UAUCGAACGUACGCUUACCGUGUAACGCGGUUCUAGCCCCGUGUUAUUCCCCCGACUCAAAAGAGGGGAGUUAUAAGUUUGACGUGUGUAUCUGUGGCAUCGUAGCGCCUAAACGAAUGAACCGAUUUUAAUUUAGUUUUUUUUUUUGUUUGAAAGGUGGCUUGAUCGAAAGUGUUCUACAUUUUUACUCUAGCAACAUCCAGACUCCAGUUAGUUUUUUAGGAUUCAGUACCCAAAGGGUAAAAACCCAUAAUGCAUGUCACUCUUGACUAUGCUGCUGUCUAUCUGUUUGCGUGUCACAGGCCUCUAGUUAAGCCGGAAUGAAUGUGGUGGUGACCGGCGCGGCGGGGUUUUUGGGCCGACGCCUGACGGACGCGCUGCUCGACGCGCAGUCGCCGCUGCCCGUGGCGCGCCUGUUGCUCGUGGACCUGGCCGCGCCGCCGCCGCGCGCCGAGCGCGACGCGCGCGUGGCGGCGCUCGCGCUCGACCUGGCUGCGCCCGGCGCUGCCGAGCGCGUCGUGCGCGCCGACUGCCACGUGCUGUUCCACCUCGCCGCCGCCGUCAGCGGCCAGGCCGAGGCCGAGCUUGAGCUCGGCUUGCGCGCCAACUUCGACGCCACGCGCGCGCUCGCCGACGCGGCGCGCCGCCGCGCGCCCGCCCUGCGCUUCGUGUUCGCGAGCAGCGUCGCCGUGUACGGCGGCGAGCAGACCGCGCCGCCCGACGAGCGCGUGGCGCCCGCGCCGCGCAGCUCGUACGGCUGCGCGAAGGCGAUGGCGGAGCUGCUGCUGAGCGACUACUCGCGGCGCGGGCACCUGGACGCGCGCGUCGUGCGCCUGCCCACGGUGAGCGUGCGCGGCGGCGAGGCGAACAGCGCCGUAACGUCGUUCGCGAGCGCGCUGGUGCGCGAGCCGCUGCGCGGCGCGGCGUGCGCGGUGCCGGUGGACGGCGCGCUGCGGCUGUGGCUGUGCAGCCCGGCCGCGGCGACGCGCAACCUGCUGCGCGCGGCGACGCUGGCGCCGGGCGCGCUGGGCGCGACGCGCGCGCUCAACCUGCCCGGCGUGAGCGUGGCGGUGCGCGACAUGGUGGCGGCGCUGCGCGCGGCGGCGGGCGCGGCGGCGGCGGCGCGCGUGCGCUGGGAGCGCGACGAGCGCGUGGAGCGGAUCGUGGCGUCGCUGCCGCCCGCGCUGGACCACACUCGCGCUCUUCGUCUCGGCUUUGACGUAGAUGAAGAUUUUGCUGACAUCAUUCACAAAUAUAUCACUGAAUGUGAGGAUCUAGGCAUAAAUUUAGAUAUACAUAUCAAAGAACUAGAAUGUAGGUCCUAGAACCUAGGUACACUACUUUCUACCUAAAAUUCCCAACCUAUUAUUUUCCUAACCUAUUAUAAUUAUUGUAGGAAAUGUCUCUGCUGAAUGGAAAACUCAAGCCUAACGCUUGCUUUUAGGCAUAGAUAUAUAUGUCUUUUAGGUACCUAGGUACUUAUGCUUGAGAAUAGGUAAGUAGGUACUUAAAGUCCCAGGUUUUAUU